GUUGCGGAAGUAACUCCUCAGAGGGGGAGCGCGCUGGUGAACAGAAGGCUCCUCUCUCCCUCCUGCCCCGGGCUUGGGGUGAGGCAGCAGCGAGCGCCAUGAACCUGGAGCGAGUGUCCAACGAGGAGAAGCUCAACCUCUGUAGGAAAUACUACUUGGGUGGCUUUGCUCUGCUCCCUUUCCUCUGGCUGGUGAAUGUUUUCUGGUUUUUCCGAGAGGCCUUUUUCGUGCCAGCCUACACCGAGCAACUACAGAUCAAGCGCUAUGUCCAGCGUUCAGCCGUGGGUCUUCUCUUCUGGGUGAUUGUGCUCACCACAUGGAUCUGCAUCUUCCAGGCACGCCGGGCACAGUGGGGCGAGAUUGGCGACUACCUCUCCUUCACCAUCCCCCUGGGCAUCCCCUGACGGAUCUUUCUCAUCUUUUGAUUUCACUGGCAUGGAGCUUUAAACUUCCCCCCAGUGGACUCACUGAGCGGCCUGCUGGCUGCUUUCCCAAUCUCCCCUUCUACGGAACCAGGGAGGGGUUGUGCCAUGGUGAACUGUCGUGGGGGGUGCUGCCUCCCCUUGCUCCCCAGAAUCCUCCACUCACUGUGGCCUGACUAUGGCCUCUCUUGAAAGUGAUCAAUAAACCUGGGCUUAUCUACUUCU